UUCUCCGAAAAGUGCUUUCCAAUAUUUCAACCGAUUUCAACAACAACAACUGGAAUCCGCAGGUCGCAGCUGCGUUCUGCGUAUCUGUUCGUAAAAGAUAUGGCAACAUCUGUGUUAGUCUAUCUUUCUCUAUUGUUUCUUCCGCUACGCCGCUUCCUAUUUUCAAGUUUCGUCCAGCACACUGUUACAUUUUCGAUGAUCGAAUAUCCAAUCUUUCGGGAAGCGUCAUCCUCUCUUCGUUUGGGUAACGAAAACAUUUAUAAAUUUUCAAUCUUUGUACGACAUUUUUGCCUUUUAAAGGUGUAUGUUUUACUAGUAAAUCAUAUGUUUGGUUUUCCCUGUUCGACAUUUGGUUGACUAAAAUAGCUACGUAGCGUGAGGGUGAUCUGCUGAGCUAUUCCAUUAUUACGUUAAAAGAAAUAUACUUUUAACUGGAACUCCCAAUUGACUUUUGGGAAACUUAGGAUUUUUUUUUGUUUGAAGAAACAGUCAUUAAACAUAAAGCAAAGGAGAUUGUUAAGCAUUAUUCUAUUAACAACAAGGCCUUAAAAGAAAGUGUUUUUGUGAUUACAGUUGAAACCUGUUGUAAGCAUGGCAAAGGUCCAUGUCCAAAAUGUUGUAGUUCUCGACAAUCCUUCAAACUUCUCCAAUCCCUUCCAGUUUGAAAUUACUUUUGAAUGUUUGGAAGAUCUUCAGGAAGACCUGGAGUGGAAAAUCAUUUAUGUUGGUUCAGCUGAAAGUGAAACUUAUGAUCAAGUUUUGGAUACAGUCUAUGUUGGGCCUGUGCCUGAAGGAAGACACAUGUUUGUGUUUCAAGCCGAACCUCCACAACCUUCUAAAAUCCCGGUCGCUGAUGCUGUGGGAGUAACAGUUGUCCUUCUAACCUGCUCUUACCGUGGCCAAGAAUUUAUCCGCGUUGGGUAUUACGUUAAUAAUGAAUACGGUGAUGCCGAGCUGAAAGAGAAUCCUCCCGCCGUUCCGCAAUUUGACAAACUGAUGCGAAACAUUUUAGCCACUAACCCUCGUGUUACCCGUUUUAAAGUCGAUUGGGACGAUACGAACAAGAGUGGCACGACGAAAGGUGAACAAGUUGUUGAAAGUGACGGUCAUCAGAAAAUGGAUGCUUCCCUAAUGGAAUCAAUGGAUGUGAUGUAACAAUUAAAAUGGAUAGUCGAGUGACACUGCCACCCGAGCCGCUAAAGCCGGAGGAAUCCCAGUGCUGCGGCCAAGGUUGUCAGUUUUGCAUCCUUGACAUUUACCAGCAAGAGUUGUUAAUUUGGCAAAAAAAGUGUGAGGAACUCAAAAAUUGCCAAUUUGAGCAGAACAACAAAAUGAGUCCAGAAAAUUAUGUCAGUUGUGUUAUUGAACGUGUC